AUGGACCCAAAUGGCCAGGGAGCUCCUCUCGUCAUCCUCGCAAGUAUCAUCGACAAGUGGGAGGUUCCCAGCGAUCAGCCUCAAAGCCUUCAUCCUGCCUUUGAACAGCUUGGAAGUCGCAGGAACAGUACAGGAACGGCUCCAGCUCCCGCCUGCCGACUCAAAAAGUGCGAUCCCGUAGUCAUCAAUAAGGCCGUUAUUGGUCUUCAUACCAUCCAGUACGGCAACGUCGUCUGCUUGGCCUUCAGUGACGGCUCCGUAGAAUAUCGCGAUAGGUAUACUCUACAGGAAGUCUACAAUGAGAUGAAUCUCGACAGAGUCAUGACGUUGGGUCAAGUAGGGUUCACCUUGCAGGAUGAUUCACCAUCGCCAUAUGCUGCCACCUUGGCAGCGCUGACUGUGGCAGCGUCUACGGCGACGUUCAAUAACAUCAACUACGAUGACAUACUGGCCGUCGCUCGACCCUUUGCGAACAAGAAGCGCUUCACGUUUGACUGGAUCAAUGAGAUCGUGCGGAUGCUCAAGGUCCCCGUAGACUACUCAGAAGACACCCACCACGACAGUCUCGUACGAAACAGUUCGCUGCAAAUGUGUCUCAGCAUCCUCAACCACCUCGGAUACAAGGGCAUGUUCCAGCCCCGGACCUUUGGCGGCAAGUUCGCCAUGCUGGCCCUCAACGCACGCAACGUCGUCAUCCUCAUCACGAUCGCGAGCAACACUCCCGUCAACAUCCGCGAGAAGCUCAGUCCGCUCGACGAGCACGAGGUCGUCGACGCCCUCGCCGGCUGCGCAAAGUGGUCUCUCGACCUGCUCGCCUGGCUCACCGACUCGCUCUUCGCCCUCCUCGACGAUCCGCAGUUUCUCGCCCUCCUCACCCCGCAGCGCUUUUCCGAGAUGAGCGCCUACCUGCAGUCGCGCUCCGACGUCUCCCUCCACCUCCUCCUGUGCUCCUCCACCCGCGGCUUCCUCUCCGCCGUCUGCCGCCGCAUCCUGCACCUCGAGAUCCUCUCGAACCGCGCCAUCGAAUUCUACGAGCGCCGCGCCGCCAUGCAGAACGCCACGGACCCGUCCUCGCAUGCAAAGGGCCUCCACGUCGUCCUCUACAAGGCUUACCAGAAGAUGCAGCGCGUCACCUCGAGCAGCCUCAUUAAAGUCCAGGAGUUCGACCGCCUCCUGACCGUCCUCAACAACGACAUCCGCACCGCCUACCAGACCUCCCUCGCCUCCCUCGCGAGCAAGAACCCGCCCGGCGGUGGCGCAGCCGCGCAAAAGGCCGUCGACGCGCAGAUCAAGACCGCUCAGAUGCACUGCGAGCUCAACAUGCUCCUUGCGUCGUCGCCGCCGCCCGCCUUCCUCGGCGUGCUGCUCAAGUUCUUCAACACGGACCUCCGGGCCUACCGCGGCCUGGCCGACCCGUCCAAGCUCUUCUUUGCAGACUACGAUCUCCUCGAGGUGGACGACGAUCGCCGGACGCUGGCGGCGCGCAAGGCCAAGAGUCGCUUCAUUGACGUGUUCAAACGUGUCGAGCUCGUCGGCCCGCCGCCCCCUGCUCGUGCUGGAGGCGGCGGCGGCGGUAGUGGUGCCGCUGGUAGCAGCAACAGCAAUAGCGCCAGCGGCGGUAAGGAACCCGAGGACGCCAAGACGGCGCAGUGGAGGCGCUGCGUGCGGUGCUCGGCCGUCAUGGAGGACGUCUUUGGCUCGCGGCCGGGCUUCACCUUUGUGUUGGCACAACAGAGGAAGUGUUCCUGCGGCGGUCACUGGGGACUUUUGCCCAGGGGGUCUCUUAUCGGUUAG